ACCUGUGGGAGAUGGACUGCGCCUCUCUCCAAGCCUUGUGAGAUAGUCCUGUUGGGCAGGGACAAGGUCUCUAUCCCCUGCUUCACCUGCAGCCUGGAUACACCUGUGUGGGCUGGGGGGGGGGGGAGGCAUGCAAAUAGGCUGAGAGAGGGAGUGGAAAGCUAGCUGCUGAUUGGUUGGAGGGAGAGGCUGUCCGGUUAGUUAGGGCACAACACUGCAGGUUACUUACUGGCAGGUGAGGAGAUUCAGGUGUGUUCGGUCCAAGUGCAGAGGAUACAAAGCAACGAGCUAUUGCAGUGAUUUUGGGCAACAGCUAUUUUCUAGCAUAGUUUUUGUGGGGGAUUCUCUACAGUACCUGAGCAUGCAGAGCCAUUGGGUUAUGCUAGUCUUUUGCUGGCUAGGGCAGUUGUGUGUGGCUCAGAAUUUGAGGCCUCAGAUUGCAAACAGCAAACUUGCUACAAACAAUCCUACCCUUACUACAAUUGCUCUAGAGAAACCUUUCUGUGUGUUUGAUGAUUCACUGUCUCCAGGUAGCUCCUAUAUGGUCUACUUGUAUGCAAUGGCUGACUCUGCAAGCACUGUAAGAUCAGCUGUGAUUGACAAUAGCAGCAAACCUCUCAACACCACUUUCCAAGAUGCCAAUGGAGGACAACUUGGACCUUACAGGGCUGCAUUGUUUAAUGUACCCAAUUGUGCAUCACCCCCUAUGCUAGCUGAUGUUGUAAAUCUGAAAAAAGUUUCAGAUGUCUUGAAACAAUACCUCUUCAGAGUGGGAGAUGAUGUGACUUGUUUAUAUGACCCAAACUUCCCUGGUGCCUGUAACCCACCUCUUGCCGAAGAUACAACGUACAGGUUUAAGUACCUCUUAGUAGAUGUGGUUGCAGGUGUUGUGAAAGACCAAACUCUCUGGUCUGAUCCAAUGAAAACCAGUAGGGUAAAACAGCCUUCAACAAUUGAUACCUGGCCUGGGCGAAGGAGUGGAGGAAUGAUUGUCAUCACAUCAGUCUUAAGCACUCUUAUGUUCCUUCUAGUUGUUGGAUUUCUUGCCUCCAUAUUCUUCUUUGUCAUGGCAGCAGGAGAGGCAUCCACAGAGACCACACAUGAGUCUCUGACUACCCAGCAGGGUGUACCAAGAUCUCAGGGCAGCUCUGAGGGAGUGAACCAGUGAGCCUUGAGGGAAAGAGUCCAUUACCAUGGCUGAACAUCAACUCAACAACUACAAAUGUACUGAUAUUAAAGAAUUGUCCUUUUCUACUGAACUCUGAAUAGGUCACAUUGAUUAGAUACUCAAGUUCAGUAACUGAAGCUGAAUGGCACAGGUGUUCUAAACGUAUAGUGUUCUUUCAACUCCUAGAGAGUAGCACCACUAUCUUCAUUUGGCUGCAGUCACAAAUUAUGGCACCAAGUAAUCUUGUUGUUAGGCUCACAGCACUUCUAUCCUACAGUUAACUCGUGGGUUUUUUUGGUAUUUGUUUUGUUUGUUUGGUGUUUGUUUUGGUUGCAUACUUCCAAAAGUGAAGAGUGGUAGACAGCUCUGACUCUAGAGUGCAGUUCAUAGUCCUCAGUGAUUGCCUGGCUUAGUAGGAGGAGAGAGAAAAUGACCAAGUGUAUUACUGUGGGCUAGAGUAACAUACUCGCAACUUUCAAGUUCACUGGGCUAGGGUUAUUUUGGUACAUAAUUAUCCUUGUUUAGAGGUUGGAAGCUAAAUAAGUUCUAAAGCUGAGCUCAACCUUUUGAUUCUUAUUUAGCUGCUUUUACCUACAAGAAUGUGAUGUAGGUAAGGAAAGGCUUUAUAUUGAGAACAGUACUUAAUAGUGUAUGCAGUUUAGUAAAGGCUUGAUAGCAGCUGGCCUCUGAUCUGAGACAUCAAGCUCUUAUUACCAAAAUUUCAUUUAAAGAAGGGCAGAGGCAAACUAACCACCUGCUAGAAACUACAACUGAGAGAUAUGGAUGCACAGGGCAUCAGCAACUUUCUCAGCUCUAGACAGCCCCCCCCCCCCCCCAAUCCUUACAAUUUUUUUUUAAAUGGCACUUCCCUGCAAUGGCCAAACUUCAGGACUCUAGUUCUAAAUAACUGUGGACUAGCAUUGGUAUACAACACUAAAGCAUCUCUCUUAGUACAGCUAGGCAACCCUACUUCUUAUGGAAGUUCUUAGUGUCCAACUCCCUAGAAAAUCUGGGCUGUAAAUAUUCAGAGAGCUUCUAUCUCUCUCCAGGAUUAGUGUUCUCAACUAAAAUAGUGGCUGGAAGUUAUGCUGCCUGAGCGACAAAGUCACUUUUAAUGAAAGCUGAGUGAUGGAAUGUGUAGCCUCUACUAUUGAGAGCUGGGGUAUCCUUGACACUUCAUCCACCGUGACAGUGGAGUGGGGUUUGGCUGGUUCCAUCAGCUGCUAAUUCUACUAUAGUAACGUGAACUGUUGAAACAGUGCAUUCUUAACUUAUACUGCUAGAAGUGAGCUGGUCAUGUAUUUCUUCCCUUCACUACAAUUCUGUCCCACUGACCAGUAUAAGUGGAAAAAUUAUACUACCAUUGAGUUUCUCCUCCCACUAGCCUUCCCAAGUUGCACUGAAUAGGUGUCUAGCUUGAAGCCUUCUCAUAAACAUUGUGUACAUAAGCAACUCCUACCGUACCCAACUAACUAUUCAUAACAUUCACAUAGCUGUCACUGACAUAAUAAAUUUCAUAGACUAGUGCUGAAGUCAGUUUAAGCCUGUCUCGGUUUAGCAAAUAUCAGUCUUUUUGCAGCCACCAGUAGAAUGGAUGGCUAAUAAACAUAUCACUGGCACAAUUAUCCAAGUUUUUGUUAAUCUUGCAUUAAGAUAUACUGAAAGAAAAAAGCAUAUUUUUUUCUGGUUUUUAACAGUUAAACUCCUUAGAGAAGUGUACAAAGGGCGUUCUUUUAAUGUAAAACAUCAUCAUAAUAAAAUGUUUCUUCCCAGA